AUGGCGCCUCUCGCAUACUUUUACUGCAAUUCUUCCAAUCCUGAGCCAGAGAGACAAUCAGCAGAGGGCGUUCUGAGAAGCCUCGCAAGACAACUUACAGUUUCUUCGCUUCCAUCCCGACAAAUUCACAACGCUGUUAUCACACUUCAUCAGAAGUCAAUCCAGCAGAUCAAGAUUGAUGGCUUCGGACCAGCCAAAUUCAGCAUCUCUGAAUGCGUUGAGCUGAUUUUAGCUGCUCUUGCGGAUAAUCCAGCUACCAUCGUCAUAGACGCCUUAGACGAGGUUGAAGAACCAAAAAAGCUCGUGGAUGCACUUCAAGCUAUCAUUAGCAAAUCCGGGAACAUCUUCAAAGUGUUCAUGACGACUCGAGACGACCCUGGAGUCUUUGCGAUGCUGCCUACGAUCAAUAACAUCCGCGUUACAAAUGAGUAUAACAGAACUGACAUACGAUCAUUCACGGUCCACGCUGUGAGCAGCGCCAUAUCGGAGCUUAAGCUUCUUAUGGGGAAUGUGACCGAAACGUUGAAGGUUAGGCUGGUCGAAGGCCUCGUUUCUGGUGCUGGAGAGAUGUUCCUAUGGGUCGAAUUACAAAUUCUCCAUCUCUGCUCGUUCAAACACGAGAAAAACGUUUUAUCUGCUCUGGCUUCGAGUUUAAACCCAUCCCUGGAUGACCUAUAUCGAACGGGUUAUCGGAGAAUUCAGCAAGCUGGUAAAGUCUCUCAUGAAAUCGCCGUCUUCGUUUUUUCUUGGCUUCUACAUGCACCAGAGCUCAUGAAAGCGGACACUUUUCUCCGCGCUGUCGUUUCCACAAUCAAUCUGGAGCAUGUGACGACUGAUACCACCAGAGUCAAGGCCAGCGUUCGCUUGCAAAUAGCUAUCUAG